AUGGCGGCAGCACCACCUAGACCGGCACCUAAGCCUGGACGAGUGAGGGUCUAUAGAGCUCUUUACAGUUAUGAAGCGAAAACGGAUCAAGAGAUGUCAUUCGCAGAGGGCGAUAUACUUUAUGUGAGUGAUCGUGGACCUAACGAUGAUUGGUUGCCGGCAACAUGCGGCGGCAAGAAAGGACUAGUGCCAACGAACUACGUUGUAAGUGAGAAUGUGGUGGAGCUGUCGAAUCCACUACAUGAAGCAGCACGACGAGGGAAUUUGUUAUUUCUCAUAGAAUGCAUUAAUAACCAGGUUUCGGUGAAUACUCUAGACAAAUCUGGCUCAACAGCUUUAUAUUGGGCAUGUCAUGGUGGCCAUGCCAAUGUAGUGAAGUAUCUUCUCGAACUUCCAGGAAUCACCACCUCGUCACAGAAUAAGCUGGGUGACACGCCCCUACAUGCGGCGUCAUGGCGAGGACAUAAGGAUUGCGUGCAGUUGUUGAUCGACAGCGGAGUAAACUGCUGGGUUCGAAACCGGGAUCAGAAGCUGCCAAUUGAUAUCGCUAAGGACGCUGAAAUAGCAGGAAUACUCGAUAAAUCAAUGAAACGUGACACUAGGAACGAGGAGUGUGAAAACGAAUACGAAUCUGGAUCUGAUCAAGACCAAUAG